AUAUUAUUGCCCGUUUAGUAAUUCCUAUGCAUGCGGACUGAUUCCACGCGUGGAUAAUACUUAUCUUUUUUAUCGGAUAAAACAUGUGUACAGCGAUAUAAAACUGAUUGAUAUUGCGGUAAAUUUAAUUAUAUUUACUUAAGUGUUAAAAAGCAGUGUGUCCAGGAAUCAUGUUUUUAGUCACAUUAUUAAUUAUAAAUUUAAUAUUUGCUGUUAUUGCAUGGGUGUACUGUAAAUUGACUAGCGGUAUAUGUAAAAGCAGCAGGCAUUUGGUGGGGAAAACGGUUAUAGUGACUGGAGCGAAUGCUGGGAUCGGGUAUGAAACGGCCAAGGAUUUGGCGGAACGAGGCGCGAGGGUGAUACUGGCGUGCAGGAGCGAGACCCGCGGCCUCGCAGCGAGGGAUCAGAUAACCGCUGCUACUGGAAACACUGAUGUCCACUACCAAAACCUCGACCUCGCAUCAUUGAAAUCAGUCAGAUCAUUCGCAGACAACAUCCUCAAAACCGAAAGACGCCUCGACGUCCUCGUGAACAACGCAGGCUGUUAUGCAUCAAAUUUCGAGAAAACUGAAGAUGGAUUACUCGUCGACAUGCAGAGUAAUCAUUUCGGACCUUUCCUGCUGACUAAUUUGUUACUUCCACUACUUAAAUCCUCAGCACCAAGUCGCAUAGUAAAUGUUUCAUCAGUCGCACACAUGGGGGCUGUUAUUGACUUCGAUAAUCUAAACGCUGAAAAGGAAACUAAAGAAACCUAUAGCAAAAUCACAGUGUAUUGUAAUACAAAAAUGUGCAAUAUCUUGAUGACAGUAGAAUUGGAAAGGCAGUUAAAAGGAACGGGUGUGACGGCUAACGCUUUACAUCCUGGAGGUAUCGCAACGGGGAUUUCAGCUCACGAUCGGCUAAUGCAAUACGUUUUGUUUUUCUUGAAGCCAUAUUGUAAAACGCCGUGGGAAGGAGCCCAGACCACUAUCCACCUAGCCGUGGCGCCGGAACUCUCUGAUAUUAGUGGUCGAUAUUUUAGAGACUGUAGAGAAGUAAAACCGAGCAAACAAGCUCAAGAUGCUGAACUGGCCCGAAGACUUUGGGAAGAAUCGGAGAGACUCGUUAAAUUAAAAACUGCAUAGUCAACUAGGUAUUAUAUUAAAAUAAACAAGGAAGGUGAUACUUUUAUUUCAAAUUUCCGAGCAAUAUUUAGGCCUUUCUCAAUUCAAUUUAUUUAUUGCAAUAAUGUUCAUUGUAUACAGAUGGAUAGGUCUUUUCUUUACCUUAAAAAUUAUUAACAGUUUUUGCACAAAAGUUAAACAUUUAUUUUUCCGUUGUUUUCGAUAGUUCUAAUAAAUAUCAUCUUUCUUUCUCCUUUCACAAUUUUUACAUGUCUUUGUUUAGCCCGGUGGUUGACUGGCAGAGAAUGCUAUUAGGCAUUAAGUCCGCCAUUUGUAAUUUUUUUUUUUGUGCAAUAAAAUUUAAAUACAUAAAAGCUAAAAAUAUGAAAAUAGCUACCAAAAA